AUGACCGCGGGCCCUCGCGCGCGCGGCCUCCAAAAGCCGAAUGGCAUUCAGCGAUGGGCCCCACUUGCGAAACGGCCCGGCCGCGGACUCACUCUCUUCGCGAAUAAUGCAACGGGCGCUUUGGACCCUGCCGAGGAGGACGUCGGCGUCGACGUCGGGCUGCGGGCGCGGGUGGCGCUGGUGCGGGCACUCGGUCACCGUCAUGUCGAGGAGGCGCAUUGGCCACGCGAGAGGGGCGCGUGCGACCGGCGGCGGCGGCGGCGCGAAUGGCGCCCGCCGCUCGCUACACAGGCUACGCCGUACUACGGGCACGUAGCAACGCUACGCGCCGCCCGCCCCUACCGGCACCCUUGCGCCGCGGGAUACCGCUCGCUACGCUACCGCUACGGGGUCCCGACGCGUGUGCAAUUAGUCAAUUGCCGUGACGCGAACUUUUAUGCACCGCCCGAUAAUGAAGCACGUCAUCGUUCAAUAAUCUGUUACGUGCGCUAUCCGGGCAUUGUUUACGCGACGCGUAACACCGAGCGCUUUCGGACCCCGCCGAAUGACAAAUUAACUCGGGGCCCGGGUUCCUCGACCCCGGUGGAAAGUGGACCACGAUGGCGCACCACUUUCGUUUUCGCCCAACUCUCACCGGCGCGGCGCGGGGCGAGAUCGAAAGUGGUCUACUUGCGGCGGUGCGUGCGCGCAGCACCGGCCGCCCCGCCGCCGGCACUUUCUGCGCGGUUAGACGCUUUCUUC